AAAAUCUUCAAAAUGUUGCUAACCAUACUAAAAAUCAUAUGACAACCUUAACAGCUUGGUUUCAGGAGAAUAUGGAAAACCCAAUAGCACCAACUAUGAUUGGUCGACUUUAUAUGGUUCAACCUUCAGAAGGUGAAAGAUAUUACUUACAAACUUUACUUAGCCAUGUAAAAG